ACUUCUCUUCCAUCAAACAAGCUCUUAAACACACAUGGAUGUUACUGUCAUCAUGAGCAGUGCUGGGAAAGUUUUACUCUUGAAAUAACUAAACAGGGGUGGGCAAAAGGCAUACUGGACUGUUCAUCCUUUGCCCUAAUGGCAGUGCUCUGGUCCUCAGAUGUAUUCUUUUGGAAUAUAUAGUAACUUAGCACAUUCCAGUUUGCAAUGGAAAUUAAAUGUUAAAUGUGUCAGAAAACACAGAUUUACUUUGCAGUGAUGUUCUGGCCUUGUGGUUUCUCUUCUACUGCGUGAAAACAAAUUCUUACCUCACGCCUACGCACCAGGUUUUGGUUAAAGCAUGUUACUUGUUGUUUGAAGCCCCAAUUACUUGGAAAGUGUAAAUGUGACAAUUGAUGCCAGCUAAACUGAGGUAUGUUUAGUAGCCCCCCCCCCCCGCCGCCCAUAACUUUUAAACUUAUUAAAUAAAGAGGUUUCGUCAGUACUAUUUAGUACAUAUAGAUUUUAAAAGUAAGCAUUCCUUUGGCAUUUUUUUCUUUCACUUUGUUUAAAACGAAAAAUGUGAACCGUGUAUUUACUGGGAGCAAGCUUAAUUUGGGCAAGCUCUUAUGAGCACUGGCUUUACAUCUAGAACAUCUCCACCUUGAGCUCCACCCAGACAAUAUAGUUUCAUUGAUUCCCUUCAUGGGCCAAAAAUUCUUCAUAGAGACCGUAUUGAGCUUAUUAUCUUUGUAACAGAACAUCACUUAUGUACAAAGACAAAUGCUUCUACGUAAUACUACUGUCAAAAUGUAAUGAGCUAAGGAAUUUAAGUGAUGCCUGAUGCUUUGCUAGUGUCUUCUUCAGUAUGGUUCAACAUUGAAGACAAGCCCUUGGUUUGAAAGUACAGGGCUUAAGCCUAGGAUAGGAACUUUACAGCACUGCUCAAUGCUGAUGUAUUUGAUGAUUUUUUCUAAUGAAAUCUGUGGAUUUAUUUGUGUAUUAGUGAAGAUUGGAUAAAACAGUAACAAAUUAUUCUGUGCAAUUUGUACUUCAAAGUUAAUUGAGUCAAAAGUAAAUAACCAUUGCAAAUCUUUUGAAAACUGCUAACAACUCAAGUCCACAGAUUUUACCGUAGAAUUUAUGUAUUUUAAAAUCAUUUUCAAGCGUUUGCAGGACUUGACAAGGAGAACUAGGUGUCUGUUACUUUUGGGCUUCAGGUGUCUGACAGUCAAUCCAUUUCCUUACAAAAACUGAAGAAAACAUAGUUCAUAUUAAAGGAAAAAAGAGAAAACUAGUUUUGUGAGCAUCAAUAGCUUGCAUUAUAUUGCUUGAAUACAUAAGAUUUUUUAAUCUUCUCAAAAUAAUCCAUCUUCAGAAUAAUAUACUUCUUUUUCAAUUUUAAUAAAGUUUAAAUGCCCUACCUCUAAAGAAUUAAAUCAGAUCGCCACAGUCUACAUUUCAUUACAUUGUUUCUGAAGUGGUAAUAUACAUUUAAUAUCUUUAAUAUUGUUUUAAAUGUUCUUAGCUGCCUUGGGUUCCAUUAUCAGGAGAAAUGCAGGAUAUAAAUAAAUGAGAUGACGAUGACGACGACGACAAUGAUGAUGAUGAUGAUGAUGAUGAUGAUGACUAUUCAUAAUCACAAAGACACAAAGAGAAUCCAUGCCCCAGACAUGGGAUGAGCUGAUAUCCCAGUUGAAAUUUGGAGCCAGGGCAUCCAUGUGACUCUCCUUUCCUUCAAGCAAAUGGAACAGAGAGUUGUCCUGAGAAGUAGCUGCGUUUCAGAGGAACAAGUUCUAGAAUGUCAUCAUGUCAUGUCAUGUGCUCUGUCACCUUUCUCCUGGCGAGACUCUUCCCAGGCAUAGUUCCCAUUUCCAAGUGAAGGUCUCUUGCCAUUUCCCAACACACUUUUCUUCUAUUGGAGGAAGGGUUUGCCCACCAGCCCAGAAUUUAGAUGGGAGAAGUAGCUCUGGUUGUUCUUCAGCCAGUUUUAAGAGAAUCUUCAAAGACAAACUAGAGGGGAACACAAGCCAGCUUCCACUUUAAAGGCAUAAACUGGCUCCUUCUCUGUGCAGCGCUGUUGUUCCUGGCCUUGCCUUCUGCAGAGGGCUAUAGAGAAUGGCUGUGGACACUCUUCCUGCUGUUGAGAAACCAGGGAGCUAUAGCAACAGGAACAGGGAGGGCGCUUGGGGGAUCGUAUCCAGGAGCCACUCUUCUCACCUCCUAGACUUCUGCUAGGCAGACAGGGAGAAAGUCCAGUCAGCCAUAUUGUCAGGCCUCUGGGAGGGGAAGGUGACCUUUGGCGAAGCAGAGCCCAUUCCUUUAUAUCCUAAAACCAACCCUCUUCAUUGUUUUUAUACAUAUCUUAUAUUCUCUUUUGUUUAUCCUGAUGCAAUAGGUGUUUUAAAACCAUAGAUGAUUGGUUGACCUUUUUAAAAAUCUGAGUGCAGUUCUUUCAUGAAGAACUAAAGUGGUGUCCUAUAUUUUGGCUUCAUGCGAAGCCUCCCCUCUUCUCUCCCCCAGUCAAGCUCUCUGACGCAGUUGCCUCUACUGGUGCCAGUGACUAGAUUAAGAAGCCAGGGCUGGUGAAAAAAUAGUUUCCUUAUUUAAGGCUUAACUUCAUUUGUUCCCUGCUUCUCUAGCCACAGGCUGACACAGUAUCUGGCUGCAAAUCAGAUUGCCCCAGGUUUUCCUUUCAAUGCUUUGAUGUGAGGUUCUGAGACACAUAAAUGGGUUACAUAAAGAUUUGCUGCAGUUAACUUCAGGUUUCUGGAGGAACAGGAUUGGCUGAUCUCAGGUAUGAGGGCCUGCAGGAACAGACUGCUAGUUCUGCUUUGACUGUUUGUUUUACCAUUUGCAAAACUGUCUAAACCACUUUAAAACUGAGUCUCGGUAAAUGGUCUUAGAAAGAGCACAUCUGAUUAUUUUGAGACAGAAAUGGGUGUUUCAUAUUCAUGAGUCCGAACACUGAAGUCAUUCCUUCAUCAAUCCAACCAACUAGCAAUGCUGAAUUGUCAGAUUGUCCUCUGUUUCUUUGAGAAUCUUCUCGCUGUGUAGCUAAUGUGGAAGGAAGCGCCCCUCUCUCGAAGCCAGAUUGGCCCUGAUAGAACCAGCACCACCUUUGUGUCUGAGAGAACCCAAACCAAGGUGUAAGUGCUUUGUAACCUGAUGCUUCUAUGCUUCUAUGAUUCUAAUUCUCAGCAAUGGGAAUUCCUCUUGGUUGUGUUUAGGAUGCUGGUAAGAGCCGGGGCGGGGGGUAGCAGCAAGAAAGUGCGGUACCAAGGGGUCUGAGGAUGGCCGGAGACAAGCUGUGGGGUCUGAUACCGCCAGCCUUUCCCACCAAGCAGAAGGUAAUGAUGGGAGAACUCCCUGGCCUGGCCCUUCUGCCAGGCACACAAUUGGCAUUGGUAGACUGGUUCCUGAGAGGUGAUAGUGGCUUGUCCCAGCGUUGUGGUAUGGUUAAGGAGGUGCCAAUGUGGGGGUGACAGAUCUGGUCAGCUGGCUAGUGUCAAGUCUAGCUUUCCCAAUGUGGGGCCUGGUGUCCCCCCUGCUGGGUGCUCAGCCUCAGAGUCUGUCCAGACCAUGGAGAAUGACACCAUGUUGUUAUCAGAAUGGCUCUGACAUUUGCCCCAGCUCUUUCUGACUGUCCUUGAGGUCUUUACAAAGCAACUUAUGUAACUAUAUAUGAUACGGGUGUAUCAGAUCAAAUUGUUCCUUUGGAUCCAGGCUGAAAUCUUGCAUAGAGUCAUAGACCCACUGAGAGGCAUUGAGAAUUGUGCAGCCCUCCAGUUAUUGUUGGAUGGCAGCUCCCAGCUUCCUUCACCAUUGCCUGUGCUAGCUACUGUUGCUGGGAGUCAUAAUUCAACAGCAUCAAGAAGGCGAGGCAGUUUCCACUCCAUUACUCAUACUUACUCCUGUGGCCUCCGUGGUUUUACUACAAGCGUGACUUAAAUUCAAAUCCAAUACAAUUUACUUUUCAUUCUUGGCAUAGAUUCUGAGUUGAUAGUGAAACUGAUUUUCCCCCCUAAUCAGUUGGCAUGUCUUCAUAAAAUAUUCUGACCAAAAAUGACAGCCUCUGUCAUAUGGGGCAUAUGUCCCCUUUAGCACAGAGGAAAUGUGGGUAUUGUUACUUCAUGGCCAUUUAAAGCAGAAGUGGGUGGACAUAGACCUGCUCUAGAUGGUCUUUGUAAAUCCUGGAAUGUAUUCCUUUCCUUUGGGUACAACCUGUGUGAUGCCAGAGUACCUCCUUGAGCAUCCAGAGUUAGAAGGUGAUUCUGGUAAAGUUUCCAGUUUUAUUUAGUUGCUUUAAAAAUGUCAUUCCCUAAGUCCUGUAGCAAACACAGUUGUUGUGUAGCAGCUGUUGCUUUCAGCAUAUUUAUUCCUUGUUGGUUUUUGCUUCCACUAGCAGUAGUUGCAGUGCUUUCUUAAGGCAAGCAUUCCAUGCCCCUUACUAACUUCAGAAAAUGGCAGCUCUAGUGGCUCUAUGUCUAUUGUAAAAUACACAAAACAGAGCAGAAUGGUUUGGAGUGCCUGGGCCUGAUAGGUCAGACAUUUCCCAUUUGUGAGAGUAUUACAUCUGACCAGCCAAGACACUGUAACUGUAUUCAUCUGCUUUGGGUCUUGGGGUUGCAAGUGGGAGAAAGGCAAAGGUCUUGAGUUCAGGCUUGCUGGUUGGUUGUUCUGAUGUGUCAGGCCUUCUGGUCUGAACUGGUGAACAUGAAACACUCAGCAAAAGUUCCAGGUAAGAAAUAACCACUUGUGCAUCUGCGAACAUGAGUAUCAUGAUAGAUUUUCUGUCUGUCAGUGCAGACUGAGUCCUGUCUUUAUUCUGUCAAUUGUUUUGGCAUGAGAACAUAAGGGAGAUUUUUAAAUGGUUUGGGGGUUAAUGUAAGUAACCAAGCUACUUUGAAUUUGCCUUGAACCUUUUAAAGUAAGUUGGAUUGCUUUAUGAUAUUUGCUGGGAUGCUAGUUGUUUUCUCUAUUAAUACACUUAACUUGCAUUCUAGCUCCGCCAUUCAGAGACAGGCAUCGUGUGGUGGGUUGUGUGACAGUGUCUGUCAGUAGUGAAGACAAAUAGUACCAGAGACACUUAACCCAUCCAAUCUCACCCAGGGUGUAGGUCGGUCUUGUUUUCAGACUUCUUCAUAAGUCUCUUUCCUUUCUUUGUUUUUGUUUCAUUUAUAAAUAGUGAAUUGACUGAAGUUAAACUCUGAUAAUAAAGUUCUUGACUUGACAUCAAUAAGUGAAGCUGAAGAAAAGUAGAAAGCUCAAAAUUGAGAUGGAAGGUGUCGGAAGCAGGUUUGCAGCCACUUUGUAUGUCCUGGUCCACCUUUAUCUGCCUUUGACAAGCCAAGGGUUCAUUUCCUUCUGACUCUGCUCCUGAACUGUGCCUCUGUGUUCACUAGUCCUUCAUAAAUUAACCCAUAGAAAGACUUGGGCAGCCCUGGGAGCAGAGGCUGCCAAGAGCAAAACACGCAAGGUUCAGGAAUGACCGACCCUUCUGGGGGAUACGCUUCUGGGGACUGGACCUAUCAGAGAUCCCAGGCAUUCACCCCUGUGUUCUUGAAUGCACAUCCUUUGCAUUCUCUUUCCUGGACAGCAAGGAGCAAGUGGGCUAGGCUCUGCCAUUGGCUGCUUGCUCACAGUUGUGCUUUGCACAAAGAGGGCUAGAAAUGGAGAAAAGGUUGACUUUCAAUCUCUAAUGCUUUCCACUGAGUGGAAAGGGUAAGCUGCCACUCCAUUGCUUUAUGUUUUCUAGACAGAUGUUCUGCUCCACUUUGAAAAGCCCUGUGGCCCUGAAGGGGUCCACUGAGAGACUGACAGAAGUCUCUUAGAGAAAAGAAAUGGCUUCAUUUAAGCUCAGCCUAAAAAUAACAAAUUCCUACAUGGCUAGCUAGCACUGGGCUGAUGGACAAAGACAGUAGAAGAGCUUAAGAUCUUACAGUCUCCCACCGUUCUAGAAGGUUAAUACGGAGCCGGUAACUCAUAACCCUUUUGACAAGCCACUUGCUCAGCUCUGAUUCAGAGGACAGGCUUUUAAAACCUCUGCCUCACUGCCAUAAAAACGAAGUGUUAAAAGCUGCUGCUAGUGCAUGCAUGAGCAGGGAGAUAAACUGGGGCUGUAGCACAGAUGAGGGGCUGGUCCUGGGCUGUUGCCUUUCCUAACACAAAGCUGAAGGAGAAUAACCCUCUGGGCAGUGCCAGCCAAGCAUGCUGUGUGUUCUUGGGAAUACUGAUGACAAUGGGAGCUCAAAGGGCUUUAAAUUUCCAGUGUGAUUUCUCCUUCAAGUCUUGGAUGAGCUGAAUUUUAGCAAAUGACUUCCACUGAUGCUGUGUAUUGCGGGUCUUGUCACCAUGCCCCCAAAGGCUGUCAUAAAACAAAGCUGGCCUGCGAUUGUAAUUCUCACACGGCUUUAAGAUGUAACUGAUUCUUGCUAGUCUGUAUUACUUGUAUUUCACACAAUACAGUAAAAAAAAUACCCAACCCUCCCCCAGGACUGAGUUUGUGCUUAUUGGGCUGUGUCUCAUGAGUUCGAGAGAAUAAUUUCUGUCCUGGAAGUAAAAGAGGAAUGUAUCAAGAGGGAGCUCUUUAGGUUAAAGUUGCUGAGUGAGAUGUGCCUCAGUAACCUUUUGGGGACCACCUUCCUAGAUUAAGCCCAUUUUCUCUUGUUUGGACAUGGCUGGUACUUUUGGGGAAGGACAAAUAGUACGCUGGCUGUCCUGACUCUGAUGAAGUACUUUUCUUCCUAAGUUACUUCAAGACUGCUUCAGUGCUGCAGAGUAUGACCACUGAACAAUUUUCCACUCCAUUUUAAACUCUGAGGCUCGCAUGGCUUCACAUCGUGUUUACAUUUAUUUAAAAAACCAGUAACGCACCGAACAAUUGCUGGAUCUUAUUCGCCUUCAAAAGUAGGAAGUCUGCCUCCAGACUUCCAAGUACAGCAAUAGGAGGUCAGCCCCAGGUUACUUACACUUAAUCUCUCUGUCUGGUCACAGAAUUGGUUCUUCUUAACAGGUGUGACUAAAUUUGCUUACGUUUUUUAAGCUUUGGAAACCGUCAGUUAUGACUUGGCACAAGUCAAAUGAAAUAAACCAAGCAAUUGUUUAACUAGCCCUGGUCUUCCUUAGUUGCAGCACGUACGAGUAAAGCAUAGGGUUGGCAAGUGAAAAGCAGGGAACUGAUGGUCCCUAGGAGAGCGCAAUCCUAUUUCUUUCCAAUUGCCCUUAAAGCAAUUCCAAUUAGGACAGGUUACCAUUUGUGACAUGUGCUCCUGGCUAUUUUGCUUUGUGCUAAUGUUUUAAAAUGUAGGAACUAUUGGCUUUCAUUUCACACAGAUUUCCCCUGUAAGGUAUUAAACUUGCUUGGCAUAAUGCCCCAGCUUGGGCUGGUAUGAAAAUGCUAAUGUCUUCCAUGUUGGCUAAGCACACUGAUGCUUUGGUUCCAGACCUGGCCUCUUUAACCAACAUUAUCCAUUGAACAAAACAUGCCAGCCUUGGUGGCUGAGCCCUCUUGCCCUUUGGGGCAGCCCUCCUGCUUGCCUGUCCCCUUGUGUGGCCAUCUUUGCCAUGAGCAGAAAACCAAAGAUGGCCAUCUUCUGCAUGGCUUCCUUUGGGCAGAGUGCGCUGUCCGUGGCGAUGCAAGAUGGCAGCCUCCUUCCUGCAUGCAUUGCUUUCCACAGUGCAUACCGAACAUGGAGUGUAUUUCAAAGUGGGUGACUGUUUAAAAUCUGAAUGGAAGCUAGUACUGUUUUUCACAGAAGGCAGAUUAAACAAACAUCCAGUAGCAACUUGUUCUCACUCAGAGUGGCUGCAAAUCAGCAACUAUAGUUACUGAAAUAAAGUUUUACUUCUUUCUCAGGAAAGCACUGCAUUUAAUGCAUGAUAUAAAGGAUUUGAAAAAAUGUUUUUUGUUUUUAAGUUAAAAUGCAAUUUUGAGUGACUGAAUCUUCUGAUUUCAGACACUGUGUUUGCCAAGAAACAAGCUAGAAAAUGGAACUGGUAUCAGUCAGUGGCUCCCGAUUAUUCUGAAGACUGGAGUGGGCAAUGGGGUGGGAGGCUCCACAGCAAUGGCGCUUGAUAACUUUUCUUCUGAGACCUCCUGAGCCAUUUCUUAAUGCAAUCCUAACAUAGCAGUAUUUUGUAGAUUAAGAUAAGCAUAUAGUAUCUGUUAAUUCAGACAGAACAAAAUACCACAGUGAUCUGAAAUGAUUAGAAUUACCUUAUUAGACAGAACUAAUUCUGUUUCAUUUCAGUGCAUCAUGCCUUCACUUUCAUAUUGUUAACUUAAGUGAUACCCUCUUUUUUACUCUCUUCAAUAGGUGUUACUGUCAAUGGAGCUACUAGUUAGCUGAGUAUUCUGGAAUGGUUGCUGUAUCAAUUUAAGCUGCAGCUAAGAGGUUCAGCCCUGGUUAGUACUUGGAUGAGAGACCGCCAAAGGAUACCAGAUGCUGUAGGCUGUAUUUCAGAGGAAAGAGGGUAGCAAAACCACUUCUGCGUAUUCCUUGCCUAAGAAAACCCUAUGAAAUUCAUGGGGGUCGCCAUAAGUGGGCAGCCAACUGGGAGGCAUAUACAUAUGCAAAGAGAGCCUUUCACUUAAUUCAGCAGACUUCCUUUGACUCUGAGAGCCUUCUUUGGAGGCUUACUGAGCUGUUAAUAAUCUUAUAUGGAAGAACACUUCCUGGCUGUUCUUUCAGGAAGUCCUACUGACUCUUAUAGUCUCAAAGAGAUCUCUAAAUAUUAGUUGAUCUGCUGUGCUUUCUGGCAGAAUUAUUUAGCUGCCAUCCUUCAGCUUGUUUAUUCUCUUGACAUACAGGGCUCUGCCUCUCUUGCCAACCUCUCUGGGGUCUCAAACGCUUCCCUUUUGGAGAUCUUUAGCUAACCCAUUUUUAGGGCCCCUUCUUGCCUUUCAGUUCCCAACAUGCUAGGAUUUCAAAUCUUAGCUGAAUUAUUUUUGAAAAGCCAUAAGCAGUGAUUGAUACCAGAUCCAUUUUGUUGUGGUUAAGUUAUUUUUAUAUUUCAUUUCUCAUUUUGUAAUGGAUUUCUGGAAUAAUCAGCAGCUCUCUUCUCAUUUAUUUUCUCAUAUUUUUAUUCCAGGAUUUGCCUCUGAAGCAGGGAGUGUCUGCAUUAAAAAUGACCUGUAGUUCUCUGCUUCAUAGGUUAGAAACUUAUUUUAAUACUUUGUGGCUAAGCACAGUCCCAUUUUUGGAGAGGAAAAAAAAUUGCUCAACGAUUGGCAUUGAAAUGUGGCCUAAAAGCGAUAUAUCUUGCAUUGGGAUUUCUAUCAUUUUGUAGAAAAUGGCUUAAAUUGAUAAACCAGCUGAGGCAAUAAAAGCGCCCUUGUUUGCUUGCAGCCUUUGUAUGACUUAAUGGACAUUUUUUUAAAAAUCUGAUUGCCACACGCACAAAAAUGAAGCUCCCAUUUGGACACUGUUUCUGAAUAUCACUGUGUUGCUUAAGCCUUUGUCGCUUGAAGUGUUUACAUUUGAAAAAGCAAGCCAAAUUCUAAAACAUUCAUUUGGGGGAAAGGAAUUAGUCCACCAAUCACGUUAUUUCAAAGGGACUGCUAUAGCCAGCACAGUUGGGAUCAUGUACCCUGUAUUUACUUCUGAAUUGUACACCGCAGAUGCUUCUUCAGCUCCCUCCUCUUCCUCCAUGGGCGGUGCUUGCAGCUCCUUUACCACCUCUUCCAGCCCCACCAUUUACUCUACCUCAGUUACUGACAGCAAAGCUAUGCAAGUGGAGAGCUGCUCCUCAGCCAUGGGGGACAUCGGAAGCCCCCAAAACAACAAGUGGGAAGAAGAGCCCCAUGUUAUGUGGCCAGUACCCUAGCAAAAACGAGGGCAAGGAGCUGAAGAUAGUGGUGCAGCCGGAGACCCAGCACAGAGCUCGCUAUCUGACGGAAGGCAGCCGGGGCUCAGUGAAAGACAGGACGCAGCAAGGAUUCCCCACUGUCAAGUUGGAAGGUCACAAUGAGCCUGUGACACUGCAAGUGUUUGUGGGGAAUGACUCUGGUCGAGUGAAGCCACAUGGAUUCUACCAGGCCUGCAGGGUUACAGGACGAAACACCACUCCCUGCAAAGAAGUGGACAUAGAGGGCACCACUGUCAUCGAGGUGGGCUUGGAUCCGAGUAACAACAUGACCCUGGCGGUGGACUGUGUUGGGAUACUGAAGCUGAGGAAUGCAGAUGUUGAAGCCCGAAUAGGCAUCGCUGGAUCCAAGAAGAAAAGCACUCGGGCCAGGCUGGUGUUCCGCGUGAACAUCCCUCGGAAGGAUGGCUCCUCUCUCACCCUGCAGACGCCAUCCUCACCUAUUCUGUGCACUCAACCAGCAGGUGUACCAGAGAUCCUAAAGAAGAGUUUGCACACCUGUUCAGUGAAGGGAGAAGAAGAAGUCUUUCUGAUUGGCAAGAAUUUCUUGAAGGGAACCAAAGUGAUCUUCCAAGAGAACAUGUCUGAUGAGAACUCUUGGAAGGCAGAAGCAGAAAUAGACAUGGAACUGUUUCAUCAGAAUCAUCUAAUUGUAAAGGUGCCCCCAUAUCAUGACCAGAAAAUAACUGCACCUGUUUCUGUGGGGAUCUAUGUGGUGACCAAUGCUGGGCGAUCCCAUGACAUACAGCCAUUCACUUACACUCCGGACACAUCCAGUACUCUGAAUGUGAACGUGAAACAGGAAAUAUCUAGCCCGACACAGCCUUGCUCUUUUGAUGACGCAAUCAAAGUGAACCCCAGUGGCUGUAACCUGGACAAGGUAAAUAUUCUUCCCAGUGCCUUGAUAACUCCACUCAGGCCAAACAAUAUCAUUAAGAGCGAAGAGGCUGCUCCAAUGGAGCUUGUGCCUGAAAAAAGAUCCCCUUCAGUCUUUAAGACAACCAGUGUAGUUGGUCCCUCUCAAGCACCUCUAGAGUCCGGCAUGCCCAGCCUACUGGGAAACAGCACUUUCUCCUCUUCUGCUUCUCACUUGGCUCCUGAGAAUGAAAAGCAGCCACUGCCGCCCAAGGUGUAUACUCCAGAGGCAAUGCCUACCCUCCAUACUCAGGACAUUGUCCCACCUGGCAGCUUCCCAGCAGCUUCUGCUGGCAGCCAGCUGCAGAACAGCGACACCUUGUUGCAGCAGGCAUCUCCAUUCCCCUCAAGAGAGUCCCAGGGGCCCAGAGAGAUGCUUCAGUCUGACAGUGCAGUCAUGACUUUGUCUCAGCUGACAGAGGUUUCCCAGCAGCAGUCACCGCUUCAAGACUCGUCCCAGGCUUUACAGCAGCAGAUCUCGGCCAACAUAUUUUCAUCACCCGGCAGAGUGAGUCAGCUGCAGAACACGAUCCAACAACUGCAAGCAGGGACCUUUCAGUCCAGCACUGCUAGCAGCAACAGUGGAAACGUGGAUUUGGUCCAACAGGUCCUGGAAGCACAGCAGCAGUUGUCGUCUGUCUUGUUUUCAGGGUCUGACAAUGAGGACGUUCAAGAGCAGCUCAAUGUGGAAAUUUUCCAGCAGGUCAGCCAGAUCCAAAAUGGAGUCAACCAAGGGAUGUUUUCCUCUGAUGCAGUCCACUCGAGGGCUGAAGACCUGCUAUCCAGCAGAACAGAGAACAUUCAUCCACAGCCUGAGAGUUCUUUGUCCAGUCAGCAGCAGCAGCAGCAGCAGCAGCAGCAGCAGCAGCAGCAGCAAGCAAUGGAGACUUCUGCAGCAAUGGUGAUUGAGAUCCAGCAAGGCCUCUGCCAGGCAACAAGCCAGAUGCCGUCCGACUUGUUCUCCUCCUCUUCUUCAGGCAACGGAAACAUCCAGCAGUCCCCAGUGUACCAGCAAGCUUCCCACUUGAUGGGUGGCCUGUCCACAAGCGAAGACAUGCAAAUGCAAUGUGAGUUGUUCUCUUCCACCAACGUUUCUGGCAAUGAAGGAGCAACGCCACCCCAACGGCAGCAGGUGCCGGCCAACGGCUCUGCCCUGUUUCAGUCUUCUGGCUCCACCAAAGGCGAAGAAGUAUCAAGCCAGGCGGAACAGUUGCGGAAUGACGUCUAUCAGGCUAUGGUCCAAAUGCAGCACGGCGGGGAGGGUCAGGUGCAGGUCAGCCUCUUCUCUUCCUCCGAGAACAUGAUGCAAGGCAAUGGAGCACCACCGUCCCAGCAGCAGCAACCACAGCCACCGCCGCCACCACCAUCCCAGGGUGGAGGCCUCUUCCAGCAGGGUGGGGAGAUGAUGUCCCUCCAGUCUGGAAGCUUCUUGCAGCAGGCCCCCCACUCUCAGGCUCAGCUUUUCCACUCUCAGAGCCCUAUCGGGGACGGCCAGAACAUCUCCCAGGAGGCUCCAAGCUCCCUCUUCCAUAGUCAGAGCACCGCGACUUCUUCAGAACAGCUGCCACCCCCCAUUUUCCACUCACAGGCCCCCAUGGGGGUUGUUCAGGAGCAACAGGCCGGCAGCAUGUUUCUUUCUCAUUCUCAGAAUUCAAUGAGUGGCUCAGUCACACGGGAGGAGCCCAUGACGUUCUUCACCACCCAGAAUUCGAUUUCUUCUUUGCAGGCCUCUGCCAGUGCUGAGCAGCCAGCCUCAUUCCAGCAACAGCAGCAACAACAGCAGGCGGCUCAGCUCUCCCACCUCCAGGGGUCUCUGCUUCCUCCGCAGGAGCAGCCUCCGCCUUCACAGCAGGGCAUUUUCCAGUCACAAGUGCCCCUGGGUGCACUCCCUCCUUCAGGUGUGCCCCCAAACCAACAAGAAGCCAUGUACCAGUCCUCACAUUCAAUGGCAGCUCUUCAGAACAGCACACAAGAGCAGCAGCAGCAGCAACAGCAACAGCCAAACAUGCAUUACAGCAGCCAGGGCCCCAUGGGCCCCAUGGCAUCCCCGAAGCAGGCCAUGCUGUUCAGCUCCAGCCCCAGCUCCCUGACCAGCCAGGAACAGCAGCAACAGAGCCAGUCUCUCUUCCACCCACAGAACGCCAUGAGGACCAUGAAUCAGGACCAGCAACCCAUGCAGUUCCAGAACCAGAGCCCAGGCUCCUCCCAAGCUGAGCCGUCCCAGCAGCCACCGCCGGCCUUAUUCCACAGCUCCCCACAGCUGCAGCUGGUCCAAGGUUCUCCCAGCUCCCAAGAGCAGCCUCUCACCCUUUUCAUCUCAUCAACUUCCAUGUCUGCCUUACAGAACAGCAUGAGCCAGCAGGAGAUGCAGCAGUCCUCCCUCUAUUCUUCACAGAGCAGCAUGUCUGGCAUCCAGGGUACUUCUUCACCCCCACAACAGCAACAACAGCAGCAACAACAGCAGCAGCAGCAACAACAACAACAGCAAGCUUCCUUGUUCCAUAAUGGCCCUGGAGGUGGUGCCAUCAGCCAGCUGCAGAAUUCAUCUGCUUCAUCUCAGCAGACCUCUGGAAUAUUUCUUUUUGGCAUCCAAGAGAACUGUGGCCAGCUCUUAACAUCUGGAUCUGGUGCGUUGUCUGAACAGAUGAUCACCAUUAGCCAGCCACAAGGGGAGGUGCAGCCUUCUGUCACUACCCUCCUGUCUCAGCAGAUGUCAGAGAACCCCCAGCUGUCUUCGGCCAUGACCACCAAUCAGAAUAUGAAGAAGAUCGAUGACCUGCUUGUGUCCUUGCAAAACCAGGGGAACAAUAACAUGGCCGGCUCCUUCUAACUGGUCAGAAAUCCUGUGAUGGACAGGCAGAUUUGCAAGACUCCUUUAGUUCUUGUGACUCUGAAAUUUAGGGUGUUUGGACUUCAACUUCCUCAUUCAAAAGAUGGUCUGGACCUAAGGGAAAACAUAGCCUUCACCCUUGCUUUGGAGGAGCAUCCCUGCUGAUCCUGGGAAACAGCUGUUGUGAAAGAGCAUCUGAGAGAGAGACGUCUUGGAACCAAGAGCAGUGGAAGAGCUGUGCUUUGUGUUGCUCAAGCUGAAGGCUGGGCAGUUACCCCCAUCUCUAGCCCCUCUGAGGGGAUACAGAGCAUGAAUGCUCAGUUAUCAGUUGGAGCUAGGUAAGGAAAGAAAAUGGGACCGUGUGUCUCCCCACCCUCCUCUCUUUCUAGCCUCCGCGGCUCUUCAGUGGGAGCUGUGAAACAUACAGAAAUAUCCUGGGUCCCAAAAUCAAUUGGUUGCACAGAUGUCUGGUUCACACACUUGUAUUCGUCAUUUGAUGACUUAUCCCGUGAUUUACAGUUGAAUAUUUCUGUGAUUUCCAUUGAAAACGGUUUCUUGAGGCAAUGUGAAGUAACACAAGUGUUCAGUCCAUAGUUGUGAAUUUCACACGUGUGCAUCAUCGCUUGAUGCUGGAGGUGGUGAACCUCCAGGUGUGAACUGAGCCCCUCUGUUGAGUAGAAAUUUCUGCUGACUUAAUAGAAAUGGGGAAAGCUGUGAAAUAACGCUGGGGGUGGUCAGCACAUGCUACAUAGAACCUGAGAGUCUCCCAUGGCUUUGAGGUACAGCCUUAAGGAGUGGGGCUGGAAGGGGUCUGUGUGCUGGGGCAGUGUUGGGGGGGGUGGGAUCCAAGAAUGUGACCGCAGCUUCUUCCGGAAGGGCUGGGUGUAAACUAAUAGAGCUGCUGAAAGGAGAGGGACUAUCCUAAAUUCCUGGUGCUCUGCCAGUCUCCCCACUGGGAAGGACAAGGCUUGCUCAACGGUUUCUCUCUGAGUCCUGCCUCCAUUGGUUAUGAGCUGAAUCCUCACCCCCUUAAUCCCCUUUCUGUUUCCUUGUCUCUUCUUGUAAAUAUGCUGCCAUCUCUUGAAACCUGAGCUAGCUUUUUAGGAGACCAGAGAGCCCCAGGGCUGGUAGAGGUCCAGGGCUGGACUCAGCAGAGUGAGCAGGUGGGCUCCAACGUGCCACGGGGAUGGGCUCACCAUGUUCUGAACCCAUGCAGCCACCGAAAGAAAAAGGGAACCUGCAAAACUGGCAGGCCCUGAGUCACUUAAGUUCUCUCUCUCUCUCUCUCUCUCUCACACACACAUACACACACACACACGGUUGCUGGGGGACAAGAAGGGGCUAAUGGGCAAGCCCUUCUGUGGAGUGGGAAAGUGUUUGCAUUCAGUUUGGUUUUUGCGUGCCACCCACCUUCCUUUCCCCCCUAACUUGUGCUGGUGUGAAGUCUUAAAGUGAAGCCCAGAUAUGAGGCCAGGGAAGAGUGUCAGUUCCUUUUGGGCCUUGGGGCUGUAGCUCCCUCCCAGCAGUCCCUUUGUAAAACACAGAGGAGGGCAGUGGUGGUGCAUUUGCACCCAUGCCCUGCCGUUCCCCCCCCCCUUGAACUCAAUACCCCAGGGGCAGACUCCGUUUCAGGUGCUCUCCGGGGAGCGCUCGUCCAAGCCUCCCUCUUCCGGAUUUCUGCUUCUUUUUCUCUCCUGCACAUCCUACGCUGUUGCGUGGUGUCAGUCGCACAACAGCUUCUAUGUGUAGCUUUCUUUGGCCUUAGGGAAUGUGGGUUUUUUUAGUAUGUGUUGGUGUCCAUUUUUGUUCCUCUUGUGGAAUGGUUUUCCAGGUUCCUCCUCGUGUGUUUUUUCUGAGGUGUGUCACCUUGAGCUACGUAGAGUCCUGCUUGGGUUUGGGAGGGGGGUCAUUUUGGUUCUGGUUCUUGUCCAGCUAAAUGCAAGUCCAUCACGACUGAUUUUUGCAGUGAGUAGUUUGGUCUGUCUGUCUGUCUGUCUGUCUCUCCUUGAGAGGCUCAAGUUAUGUUUUCAGUAGUACAGGCUAUUUUGCCGAUAUGAAGGGAACUUUUCAGAAAGAGACCUGCUCUAGGUCAUUUAAUUUUGAAUACAGUUUUCAAUUGUUCAAGUUUUGGAUGGUUUAUAUCUAAUGUGUGUUUCAUUAUUUUUUUUGGAAAGCUCUAUUUUGUAUUUAGGAAAUGAACUAUUUUGCUAUUUGUACUGAGUGAGUACAUUGGCAUAACUAUAGACUAUAAAUAUACAUAUAUAUAUAUAUGUACAUGUAUAUAUAUAUAUUUGCAUAUAUUCACACACAUAUAUUCUCCUUGCCACAGAUUUUUGUGGUAAAUGUGUGAGUUUUAUUGUCUGUUCUCCCACAACAUGGUGUCUAGUAGUUGGGGGACGGGGUUGGGGUUUGUUAAGUCUUUGCAAAGUAUUCUAAGUACUUUUUUUGCAGCGAACGUAGUCGUGUUCAUCUCUGGCCAUUCCAUCAGGCAGCAUCUGUACUGAUUGGCUAUGAGGGCAGCUUCGUUGCCAAAGUGGCAGGUCUCACUUGGCAGUGUGACCUAGUGGGCAAAUCCCCCGGGGCAACUUCUUCGGGGGCUGGCGGGUUCCAUUCAGCAUGAGCCAUUCAGCUUUUACUCAUUGUUCAUGUCUAAUAUUUUAUUGCCAGCUUUUUAAUUUAUAAUAACACUACAGACUCAGAUUGAAGCCUGUGGCUUUUCUCUGUCCCAUAAUGUCUGCAUAGCUCCGGUGGGAAUGGUUAAGACGUGAAGGAGCAGCCACACAGGUGCCUCUUCCAGACAGGAAUAAGUGGCAGAAGGGAUGGACAAGGGAUGGGCAAUGGCUUCUCUUUUAGCUUUUGGGGGAACCCGUGGCUGUGCCCUAAACAGAGGAUUUCUUCUGGAAGAGACGUUUCAUCCCAGGCCUCAGUGGCUGCAUAGGGCUGAAGUGUCCAGUGAGAGACAAGUAAGGAGCAGUUUAGCCAAUUCGCUGACCUGGACUGUGUCCACCGCUGUCGCAGGGCUGCUUCUGGGGGACGAGGACGAGGCACCAGGGACCAAUCUAUCCUAGGCUGAACCAAGUCUUCUGCCCAAGUCCUGCCAGCCACUUCUCCCCAGAUGUUUCCGGCUGUACAGCGGUGGGGCAUCCAUCUAUCCUCUGUCUGUCAGAAAGGCUCCCUUUGUGGCUGCUCACUUAAAAUGGCAGCACUCAUGUUUCUAGGGUUGGUUUUAAUUCCUGCUUUUUCCUUGGUCCAUUUUAGGUCAAUAUUUAAAUGUGCAACAUUUUGAAUUUAUGUGGUUUGGUUACAAAAAGUGUGUCUUUGGAACCAAGAAGCUGCUCGGUGGCUGCCAGAGACUGGCGCUGCAUCUUUCCUAUAGAUUUUAUCGGGGUGAUGGCGAGAGGCAGAGGGGGCCUACUAAGAUGGAGAGGCAGGUUUCCUGGGGCCCUCUGAGGUAUGUCUUUCUGUCCCAUUUUCACUCCCCCAUGGCAGUUAGGAGCUCCUCAUAUUUGCCUGGGCCAUUUUACAAGCUUGUUGCAAACAAGCUUGUAAAACGUGGACUACACAAGGUAACUGUUACAUGGGUUUGUAACUGGUUGACCGGCCGAACCCAAAGGGUGUUCAACAAUGGCUCCUUUUCA